GAACAUCAUCAACAAUUCAAAGACAUACCAUGGCGUUGUUUUCCAAAGUUUUUUCCUCAUUUCCGAAUUCUCCAAUUGCUAUGAACAAAACUUCACUAAUCAACAAUUCUAACGUUAUUUGUCCUACUUCGUCGCUUUUGAUUCCCAGAAGCGCUGCUCAAGAUCCCAGAAUCGUUUCUACGGCCUUAGAACACUUUGAUCAUCGAAGUGGACACCCCACCAUUACUGAUGAAUUUCGCAUUCAACAUUCAAACAAAUUGGAGGCGUUCAAACGUAUAUUUAGGGAAGUUGGUGAAGAUCCAUUACAAGGUUUGGUCAUGAUUGAUGCUAUCCAGAGGCUAGGCAUCGACCACCAUUUUCAAAAUGAGAUCGAAAAAGUUCUGCAAAAGCAGUAUGUGUUAUCUUGCAGUAAUGGUUUUGAUGACCAUGAUCUUCACGAGGUUGCCCUUCGCUUUCGAUUACUUAGACAAGAAGGUUACUUCGUUCCAGCAGGCGUGUUUAACAGGUACAAAGACAGAGAGGGCAGUUUCAGACAUGAACUAGGCAGGGACAUCAUAGGAUUGAUGGAAUUGUAUGAAGCUUCACAGCUGGGCAUAAAGGGAGAAGACAUUCUUGAUGAAGCCAGAGAAUUUAGUUCUCAGAUCCUGGAGAAAUGGCGAAAUGCAGAAGUGGGCCUUUUGUCUGGAGGAGUAAUAAGGAAAACACUGGACCAACCUUACCAUAAAAGCCUAUCAAGAUUCACAGCUAGAAACUUACUAACUAAUUUCCAAGGCACAAACGGAUGGAUAAACAUCCUCCAAGAACUAGCAAAACUGGAUUUCAAUAUGGUUCAGUCCUUGCAUCAGCAAGAAAUAGUUCGCAUUUCCAAUUGGUGGAAGGACCUGGGUUUAGCUAAGGAGUUGGCGUUUGCCAGAGACCAACCAUUGAAAUGGUACAUUUGGUCCAUGGCUUGCCUCACUGAUCCAAGCUGGUCAGAGCAACGGAUUGAUCUCACAAAACCCAUUUCCUUAAUCUAUAUAAUCGACGACAUGUUUGACGUUUAUGGGAAACUUGAUGAACUAACUCUCUUUACCCAAGCUGUCGAUAGAUGGGAUUACUCUGCCAUUGAUGGACUGCCAGAUUACAUGAAAAUAUGCUUUAAAGCUCUGAAUGAUAUCACUGAUGAAAUAAGCCACAAGGUGUAUAAGGAGCAUGGGUGGAACCCAGUCAACUCCUUAAGGAAGGCGUGGGCCACUUUGUGCAGAGCAUUUUUGGUAGAAGCACGAUGGUUUGGUUCAGGGAAGCUGCCAAAGGCUGAGGAGUAUUUGGAGAAUGGAAUAAUCAGUUCAGGAGUACACAUUGUGCUAGUUCACAUUUUCUUCCUCCUUGGCCAAGGCUUAACUAAUCAAAAUGUGGAACUAAUUGACAACAAUCCUGGCAUCAUCUCAUCCACUGCAACAAUCCUUCGCCUCUGGGAUGACUUGGGAAGUGCCAAGGAUGAGAAUCAAGACGGGCACGAUGGAUCCUAUGUUGAUUGCUUCAUGAAAGAAAAUCAAGGCAUUGCAGUUGAAAGUGUUAGGCAACAUGUUAUCAAUAUGAUUUCGAAUGCUUGGAAGGGCCUCAACCAGGAAUGCCUCUCCCGAAAUCCAUUUUCGUUGUCUUUCGCCAAGGCUUCUCUAAAUAUUGCAAGGAUGGUUCCGUUGAUGUACAGUUAUGAUGAAAAGCAAAGCCUUCCAAGCUUGGAGGAGUAUAUGAAGUCCCUCCUUUAUGAAAGUGUACCCAUGAAAACACUUUUCUGAAAACGACAUACUCUUGCCUAACAAUGUUUGAAAUUAAUUUCAAGUUCCCAAAAGUUUAUGCAAAAUAAGUAUCUGCAACUACGAAAAAUUUAGUGGUAUCUUAUUGCAAACUGUUUGGAUUGGUGGCUUAACAUGGGCAGGCUCCCCACUUGCUUUAUUUUUUUGGUUUUCAUGUCUUGCCCUUGUUAUCCUUUGGUUCCUUUUGGUUUCAUUAAUGCCACUUUAGUAAG